AUGGCACAGGCUGCCAAGAAGAAGCUGGUCGUCGCAGGAGGCAAUGGGUUUCUCGGUUCGCGAAUCUGCAAAUCCGCCGUCGCCAGAGGUUGGGAUGUUACUUCCAUAAGUCGCUCAGGCGAGCCGACAUGGUCCUCAGUAACUUCCUCGACAGAGCCUCCACCUUGGUCCAAGUCCGUAAGCUGGGCAAAAGGUGACAUCUUAAAACCCACGACCUACACCUCCCACCUCAAGGACGCCGAUGCAGUGGUGCAUACGAUGGGCAUCUUGCUCGAAGCAGACUAUAAAGGGGUCAUCUCUGGAAAGGAGUCCAUUAUCUCGGGUCUAUCUAGGGCGUUCAGUCCCACCAAGGCCGGGAGCUCCAAGAAUCCACUCGACCGAAAGCCAGGCGAAGGGUUAGAAAAGGGCGAAAAAGACCGCCAGAUCACCUAUGAAUUGAUGAACAGAGACUCGGCCAUUGCAUUGGCACAAGAAGCUGAGAAUGCUGGUGCACACACGUUCGUCUACAUAUCUGCCGCCGCGGGUGCGCCCGUCCUUCCUUCGCGAUACAUUACCACGAAGCGAGAAGCAGAGACCACAAUAGCAAGCCAGAUGACCAAGCUACGGAGCAUCUUUGUAAGACCCGGGUUCCUGUGGGACAACAGCCGCAAAUUCACCCUGCCCAUAGCCGCCUCUGGCAUGGUUGGGAGCACGGUGAACAGUCUGGUCGGAGGCAGCUUAACUGGUAUAUUCGGUGCAGCCGUCGAGAAGCCUCUGAAGGUGGACCUAGUCGCGGACGCAGUGGUUGAAGCCAUUGCCGAUGAGGACAUGAAGGGUGUUUUGGAUACGAAGGCGAUUGAGGCUCUGGCUGCAAAAGCCUGGCGAAAGACGAUGCUGUGA